ACGAUUUCGAGACGAAACUUUUUUCGCGCCCGUCCGAGGGCGCGUGCGCGUUGCUCUUUACCGUCUGGCCGUCGUCAACUAGCGAACGAUUGCAAAUGGCGACAGCCACGAAAUCUUUGGCACCGACUCGCGAAUAGUUUCACGCUCACCGUGCACUUCGCGACCGAGCCGCACGCUCGAACGCUGCCCCCUAAGCCAGAUCGGUGGUUCAAGCGAAAGGAGCCAAGAUGCCGGCUGUUAGAGGCGAUGGCAUGCGAGGUUUAGCCGUCUUUAUUUCAGACAUUAGGAAUUGUAAAAGUAAAGAAGCGGAAAUCAAGAGAAUAAACAAGGAAUUGGCAAAUAUACGUAGCAAGUUCAAAGGAGACAAGACGCUCGACGGCUAUCAGAAGAAGAAAUAUGUGUGCAAGCUUCUGUUUAUUUUCUUGCUCGGUCACGACAUUGAUUUCGGGCACAUGGAAGCGGUUAAUUUGCUUUCCUCGAACAAAUAUUCGGAAAAACAAAUCGGUUAUCUUUUUAUAUCAGUUUUAGUAAAUACCAACAGCGAUCUCAUUAAAUUGAUAAUCCAAAGUAUAAAGAACGAUCUUGCGUCCCGCAAUCCAAUCCAUGUAAAUCUCGCGCUGCAAUGCAUCGCCAAUAUCGGCAGCAAAGAGAUGGCAGAGGCAUUUGGGAACGAGAUACCAAAGUUACUCGUCUCUGGGGAUACCAUGGACGUGGUCAAGCAAAGCGCAGCGUUGUGCCUGCUGCGACUGUUGCGCACUGCCCCGGACGUCGUUCCUAGCGGAGAAUGGACGUCUCGCAUAGUACAUCUUUUGAACGAUCAACAUCUGGGGGUCGUGACCGCGGCGGCGUCGCUGAUAGACGCGCUUGUCAAAAGGAAUCCGGACGAGUACAAGGGCUGCGUCAGCCUGGCCGUCUCCAGAUUGAGCAGAAUCGUUACGUCGAAUUACACGGACCUGCAGGAUUACACUUACUACUUCGUGCCGGCACCGUGGCUGUCGGUAAAAUUAUUGAGAUUGUUGCAAAAUUACACGCCGCCGGCCGAGGAUCCGGGAAUCAGAGGAAGACUGAACGAGUGCCUGGAGACCAUAUUGAACAAGGCUCAAGAACCACCAAAAUCCAAAAAAGUACAACAUUCUAACGCGAAGAACGCGGUUCUCUUCGAGGCCAUUAGUCUAAUUAUUCACAACGACAGCGAACCGAAUUUAUUGGUACGCGCGUGCAAUCAGCUGGGUCAGUUUUUGUCAAAUCGCGAGACGAACCUACGUUAUUUGGCUCUCGAGUCGAUGUGCCAUUUAGCGACGUCAGAAUUCUCUCACGAGGCCGUGAAGAAGCAUCAAGAGGUGGUCAUAUUGUCGAUGAAGAUGGAAAAGGACGUGUCCGUGAGGCAGCAAGCGGUGGACCUCUUGUACGCCAUGUGCGACAAGAGCAACGCGGAAGAGAUAGUACAAGAAAUGUUGAAUUACCUCGAGACUGCGGAUUAUUCCAUCAGAGAGGAAAUGGUUCUCAAGGUAGCGAUUUUAGCUGAGAAAUAUGCUACCGAUUAUACCUGGUACGUUGACGUUAUCCUAAAUCUAAUCAGGAUAGCUGGCGACUAUGUCUCGGAAGAAGUCUGGUAUAGAGUUAUACAGAUCGUAAUUAACAGAGACGACGUACAAGGAUACGCCGCUAAAACCGUUUUUGAGGCCCUGCAAGCGCCGGCGUGUCACGAGAACAUGGUCAAGGUCGGCGGAUACAUUUUAGGAGAAUUCGGUAAUCUCAUCGCCGGCGAUCAGCGAUCGUCCCCGUCCGUACAAUUUCAGCUGUUACAUUCCAAAUAUCACCUGUGCUCUCCGAUGACGCGGGCUUUGCUACUGUCCACCUACAUCAAGUUCGUCAAUCUCUUCCCCGAGAUACGGACCCAGAUCCAGGACGUGUUCAGACAACACAGCAACUUGCGUAGCGCGGACGCCGAGCUUCAGCAAAGAGCCUCCGAAUAUUUACAAUUGAGCAUAAUAGCCUCUACGGACGUCUUGGCCACCGUAUUGGAGGAAAUGCCCGCGUUCCCGGAACGGGAGUCCUCGAUUCUCGCCGUUCUGAAGAAGAAGAAACCUGGCCGCGUGCCGGAGAACGAGAUCAGGGAAAGCAAGAGCCCGGCGCCGAACGCCAAUCAUCACGCCGAACCGCCGUCCGUCGCAGCGGUUUCCGCCGUGAACAAUACCUCCGCGGAUCUGUUGGGCUUGUCGACGCCACCUUCGUCGCAGCCGUCCAGCAAUACCGGCGUUCUUUUGGACGUUCUGGGUGACAUAUACAAUAUGCCGAAUAAAGUUGGCGCGACGAACGGUACUCAAAACAUGUACAAUCCUAAAAAAUUCGUUUGUAAAAACAACGGGGUGCUCUUCGAGAACGAUUUGAUUCAAAUCGGAGUGAAAUCCGAAUUCCGACAAAAUCUAGGACGCGUUGGGCUUUUCUACGGCAACAAAACUCAGUACGCGUUGCAUAGUUUUCAACCGCAGCUGUCGUGGUCGGAGGAGAAUCAAGCGAAGUUGGCCGUUCAAGUUAAGCCCGUCGAUCCUGUCCUGGAAGCUGGCGCGCAGAUUCAACAGAUGAUCAAUGCCGAGUGCAUCGACGACUACAGCGAUGCCCCCAGUAUGCUCAUAUCUUUCAUUUACAAUAACGUACCGCAGAAAAUUACGAUGAAGUUACCAUUAACGAUAAACAAAUUCUUCGAGCCGACGGAGAUGAACGGGGAGUCUUUCUUCGCACGAUGGAAGAACCUCGGAGGGGCGAAUCAACAACGCUCGCAAAAGAUAUUCAAAGCGCAACAACCGAUGGACUUGGCCCAGGUCCGUACAAAAUUGCAAGGAUUUGGAAUGCAGUUGUUGGACGGGAUCGAUCCGAAUCCCGACAAUUUCGUUUGCGCGGGCAUAGUUCAUAUGAGAGCUCAGCAAGUUGGAUGCUUGUUACGUCUUGAGCCCAAUAAACAGGCGCAGAUGUUCCGAUUAACCGUACGUUCGAGUAAAGAGUCUAUGUCGGUCGAGAUCUGUGACCUGCUAGUGGACCAAUUUUAAUAAGGCCUAGCAGGCGUGCACGAGCGACGAAAGAAGCUGGUUUAUGGGCGACGUCGCGGGAAGAGCACCGAAUGUUUCUCGCGCCGUACGCCAGAAGAAGCAAAUACUGAUAAUUAAUCGUUAAGAAGCGUGCGUUGUACCCAAGCUUACGGAUAGACCUUUGAUUGCUAUAAUAUCUAUCGCCAACGCGAGGAAAAUGAUGCUCUCAAGAGAUAUUUGAUGGCACGAUAACGAGUAAGAUGGCGGGUAAAAGAGAAGAAAAAAAAAAAUAUAUAAGUAACGGGGUUUCCUAAACAGCCUAGCGUUAGGACGUAAGAUUACUAUAAACGAGAGAAAACAAAGUCGGAAAGGACAAAACGAAAGUUAAAUGAUAUAUGCCGCAAGUAUCAUUAUACUUUGUGUAUCGUUUCUACGCGACGUUUCCAUCUUAUUAGACUCAGCAUUCCGGCACAGACGUAACGUAUGUACCUUUAGUUUCUAAUACCGCGUGUCGGUUCGUCGUGAACGUUCUCCUCAACGUUCGAAAUCUUUUCUGGCUCCGAAUUUUCGACCAGCAGAGAAGGAAGAAAGUAAUCAUUAUUCGCAUCCGCGUCUAAUUUCAAUUUUUUUUUGUUUUCUUCGUAUUUCUUUUCUUUUUUGGAAAGCGACCAUUUCCAUGUGUAUUCUGUCUGUCCGUCUGCUACUGCUGUGCGCGCGUACGUGUGUGCGUGGAUGGAUGGGUGUCUCUGCGUGUGGAUGAGUGCGCGCGAGUGACACUCGUGCCGUGCAGAACAAACGGUGUGUGUACGUUUUUUUUUUUUUUUUUUUUUUUUUUUUUUUUAUAGCGAGCAUCGAACGAACCCGAAUAAUCCCUCGAUAUACACGUAAUUGUAACGGCAUUGACGCAACAUAUCGGUUCUCACAGCACGCGCACUCAUUUGUCACAAGUGCCAUUGUCCGCUGUCCACUCGGUAAAGGUCUUUUCCUUUGUCAUUACGAUUUCUCCCGAGCUUCUUCCCUCUCUCUUUUUAUAUCUUUUUUUCAUCGCUGUGCGCGAUCGGGUCGCGCGCAACGAUUACUAGAUUUUAGCCCGAUUACCGCGGUCUCCAUGAUAUUAGUAGUCGAUUCAGCUUUAAUAUUCUCCCGCGUUUAAAGGAGCUCGACGAUAAAGAUACCUACGAUCGGUUCGUUUUUCUCCUCUUACUUCCCACGAUUCCCUCCGCUGUCUCCGUUUUAUCCAUUUAAAGGCGCGGGAUAGAUCCAUGGCUGGUAAAUUUCCUGAUUCGUAAGUGAUAUAGAAAACGGAUGACGAUUAUGUUGACGUUGAUGACGAUUGUCGGAAACGUAAGAUGCCGUAGCUUUUUGGCGAAUAAUCGAGCGUUAAUGAAUUAGUUAAUUUCCAUGUAAGCAUGACUAUAGAUCGAUCUUUAAUUAAUUUUAACGAGUUUUACGUGAGAUGUAUAUUUCAGUAGUAACAUAUGUAAUGGACGCGCGCGUGUACAUUGUACAGGUGAUAUUUACAAUGCACUUCUAUGCAUACAAAGGGUUGCGUGACCUAUAUAUAUGUACGUGUUAACGAUAUUAUCGAGAGAAGAGAGAAAAGAAGAAAAAGGGAAAAAAAGAAAAGAGCAGCUUUAAGCGGCGUUGAGACAUGAUACAUAGUUUACGGAAGACGAUAAUAAUUAAUCCAGAUGAUUGUAAAGAUCUAUUCAAUUGUAAAUAAGUAAUUUCCAUUAUAAUAAUUAGAAGCAAUCCGUUAAUGCGGCUGCUUUUCGCGAGACACAGUAGAUCGCAGUACUCGUAGCCUCGAGAGAAACACUCGACUUAAUUUUCUUUUCUUUCUUCUCUCUUUUUUCUUUUCUUUUCUUUUCUUUUCUUUUCUUUUCUUUGCUUUUCUUUUUUUCUUGUUUCUUUGUUCUUUUUUCUUUUUCGUUAGUAUUCACACUCACGUUUUCCCCUCUUUUCUUCUAGUACUUUUCGUACAAAGGCAUUCAAUGCCUUUUGCCUAUAUUUUUUUCUCUUUAUUUAAUCCUAAGUCCACAUUAUUGUACAAUGAUAUAGAUACAUAUCUGUUGAAUGUGAAUGUUAACUUAUAAUAUAUUGUCAAAGUUAUUCGGUUAAAUGCGUUUCAUCGUCGGGUCUACGAAUUUUACAGAAUCGAAAAGAUGCCUACAUUCUUACGUAUUACGUCGCGUAGUAAUGUCUUGUUGAAAAAAAAAGGGGAAAAAAAAUAUGAAAGACAAAAGCCUGUAAAAAAAAUUUAGAUUUCAAGUGCAAGGAAAAAGUAAACGACGGAUAUUCGUGGACAAUAAGUAUUACAGGCGAUCUUGCGGAUAGCUUAACUGCGACAAGAGAUUAAAAAAAAAAAAAAAAAAAAAAAAA